CCUUCAGACGAAACUAACUAACAGAAUCAGAAAAGCUGCUACAAAAGUCAGGCUAUUACAGAAACGUGCAUGGAAUAACAACAAACUGUCAACUAAGGUGAAGAUGCAAAUCUGUGAGGCUUGCGUGCUGUCAUCCCUGCUUUAUGGUUCAGAAAUAUGGACUUUGUAUGCUAGGCACAUUAGGAGACUGAACAGCUUCCACAUGAGAUGCUUGCUCAAGAUCCUGAAAACAAAGUGUGAAGACAAAAUGCCAAACAGGUACUGGAGUGCACAGGACUGAUGUACUCAGAAACCACUAUCAAGAGGAGGUUGUGAUGGCUUGGCCGCAUCAGGAGAAUGGAAGGAGAUUGUAUCCUCAAGAAUAUUUUAUACAGCGAGAUUUGAGACAGCCCUAGAAAGCAGGGUUGUUCUUGGUGGAACCACAACUUGUGCAAAAAUUAUAUGAAGUUAUUCAACAUCAAUGUAGAAAGCUGGGAGAAGUAUGCAGAAUCCCAUUCAAUCUGGAGGGAACAUCUGGCACCAGGCACAGCUCAACAUUAAGUGGCUUUGAACCAGAAGAGGGAAACAAAAUGAGAAAGAGGAAGCAGCGUGCUGGACACCAGCUCAGACAACACAUGGAUCUGCAAAACUUGUAACAAGCUGUCACUCUUGAUCUGGACUUGUCAGCCACAAGCAGAUUCAUCAGGCACCUGACUAGACCUCUUGCGUGUACACCAUGAUCCAGAGGAUUGACGGUUGCCCAGUAUAGCACAAGCUCUUGUGAGCUGAAGUUCAAGGUGACCCAGCAGUGGGAAAGAGUGCCUUGGCCCAGAUGUUCUGCAACGAUGGAUCUCACUUCCAGAAGAAUUACACGCUGACAACGGGCGUGGAGAUGUUGGUGAAGAAUGUAGCUAUUCCAGAGACAAACAGUAUCGUGGAACUCUUCAUUUUUGAUUCAGCAGGCAAGGAAUUAUUUUCUGAGGUGCUGGAGAAACUGUGGGAGCAUCCCAAUGUUCUGUGUGUUGUGUAUGAUGUGACCAGUGAACAGUCUUUCAACAACUGUGCCAAAUGGUUGGAAAAGCUGAGGGCACAGGCACUUGGAAUUAACCUUCCAGGUGUGUUGGUAGGGAAUAAAACAGACCUUAUUGGUCGUCGAGUUGUGGAACAGAAACAGGCACAGGAGUGGGCUCAGAACCAUGGCUUGGAAUACUGUGAGACGUCAGUGAAGGAGAUGGAAAACUUUGAAGCCCCUUUCCACAUCCUGGCAAACUCAUUCCAUCGACUAUACCAAGAGAAGGUGGAAAGCUUUCAUUCACUAGUGUGAGGUCUUUGCAUAUAACAACUUGCUUAGCCCCUAUGGGGCCUCUUCGAACAGAAGAAACCCUGGUUGCACAGAAUCCCACAGACUGAAAAACAGGAGAAAAUAAGACAUGAGACUUUUUUUUUUCUUGUGAUGAUCUGAUGAUUCAAGUUAAACCAAAAAUAAACAUGUGGAACGGCA